AUUGAAUAUGUCCUUUAGCAAGUCAGAAGAAGUGGACGGAAGCCAUAACAUGAGUGACAGAUCGUUGGUAAAGAAUGGAUUUUUUAAUUAUUUGCGCGACUUCUGUCAACGCAAUAGUGCCCUGAGCUGGCCGGAAAUCGCAAGGGAGGGGGCCCGGUCCUGGAAACACCUGAGCGAGGAGGAAAAGAGUCGCUACCAAAUCAUGUCCAGCACUGACACGGACAUCGUUGCCUUGCAAAUGAACAAUAAAAUGUGCAACCAUCCAAUGGGCAGAAUGGGCGGCGGCAUGAUAAAUAAAAUUCGGCCCAAUAAAAUUCAAAAGCUCAUUUUCUCCUUGGAUGAAGACGACUUUGUGAUGGAAACGACACGGCCAAUCUGUUAUCUUAAUAUUUCAAAUGACUUAUAAAUCCCAGAUUAUAGCUUGUGUUUUCUUUAACUCAACAA